CACACACGCACACACACACACACGCACACACACACACACACUCACACCACGUCAUUUCUGGAGGUUUCUGAUUUUCUCUUGUGUUUGUGUGCACACGUGGACGUCCCCACCGGCUCCCUCUGAUUGUGGCGUCGCCUCCAGGAUGAAGACGCGUUUCUGCAGAAGGUAUUUCCCUCCGUGCGUCUCUCCUGGAACUGGAAGGCGAUAAAAUAAAAGAAGACAGAGGUUUUUUAUUUAUUCUUCUGACGGUCCCGGAGGAGCUGACUGCGUGAUGGACCGUCCACUCAUCAAUACCCAUCAUCAGCUGGAGGAGACGUCUGAAGGAUACCAGUGAGGAAAAGAGCGCAUCGUUUGUUUGGUUUGAGGUGAGAGAAGCUGUGGAAAUCAAAAGACUUCAUGCGUAUUAUUAUUUUAUUUUUUUUGCAAAUUCACCUCACUUGAUUGUUUUACGCACAGCCACGCGUUAUUUUUAAAAUCCCGCAGGAAUGCACGGAAGCCUUGCGCACUUUUGUAAGCCCCCAAAGACGCGCAUGAGGCGGACAGCGAUGUAAACAAUCCUCCCCCCUCUGAACUGUGCAGUGCAUGACUUCCACACUGCCUCCAUGUGAGCAGCAGAGCCACCUGUGCACACAGAGGCCAAACCAAACAUCCAGUGGAUGAUUUUACUGAUGAGUACAGAAGCAGCCGUGGAUCAAGUCAGCUUUAAUCUGAAGAGACAUGUAUAGUUUGUGAAUCUGCAGAAAGAAUUAAGCAAUAACACAGAUUUUGAGUCAAUAACAAGGAGGAUAAUUAUUCUUCCAAAGCCAAAGAAAGGAGCAAGAGGAGGAUUCACACAUUCUUCUUCGUUCUGUUUCAAGCACAGAGCUUCCUUCUUUUUUUCUUGGCCCAGGUCAAAUCUGCAGUUGUGUGAGUGCAGCUGAAUGUUUCCUCAUGCAUGCAGCAUUUUGACAUUUGAACAGACUUUUUUGAAACUGCACAACAACCGCAGGCAUCUUCCAUUUUCCAGCACAGAAUCCAUCACACACCUCACCAUCGUCCACUGUAUCAGAUCACAUCUCAGUCUUCCAUUAGCUUUUAAUUGUUAAUCACUGACCUGUCUGCCAGUCGGGGCACUGGCAUUACCUAACAGCCUCAUUGUGCAGGAGGCCUGAGGGCUGCCACUGAGUAUAAAUAGUUGAACAAAGGCUCCUUUGGAGUCAGAAACCCAAAACUCUGAGUGAUUCCUCCCUCUGGUAACUCUAAACCCUCACACACUCACAGGCUAGACCAGAGAGCGAUAUAGACCCAGGGAUGUGAAGAGCGAAGCACCGUCCACGCUCCUGUAGAGGUGCUUGAGAGGACCCACCCACCCCUUCCUCCUGCAUUUGUAUCAGCUGAAAAAAAAAGAAGAAGAAGAAGAACCCAAGUGGACCACACCCAGACCCCAGCAUCGGGAAGGAGCCUCCUCCUCUCACUUCUCAGACUUUAACUCGCAGUCAGGACGGCUUGGGUAUCUUUGUGCUCAUCCGCAAACUGGAAUAUAUGCUCUGCUUUGUUUGCCUGUGUGUGUCAUAUUGAGCUGUGUGGUGUGUGGUGUGUGUGUGUGUGUGUGUGUGUGUGUGUGAGUGUGUGAGUGUGUGUGUGUCUAUUUGGACGCCACUGAGAGCUGCCACCAGUCUUAUCUCUCCUGUCAGGAUGUCUGCAGGACCAGAGCUGCUGCUGCUGCUACCUCUGUGUCUCCUGGUGCUCCAAGCAUCUCCGUGCCAUGGAGCCUGCGUGGAGGUGGACUCAGACACCGAGGCCGUGGCCAAUGAGGGAUUCAAACUGGGCUGCAUCUCCUGCAAGAUGAGGGGCGAGGUGCAGGCCACGGCUUUCGUCAACUGGUACUUCAUGGCUUCAAAUGAGGCCGAGUUCUCCCAUGUUUUCAGCUACGAAGACAAAGCGGAAAUCAUCGACCCACGUUUCUACGAGCGUCUGGACUGGAUCGGCAGCAAGGACACCAGGGACCUGCAGGACGGCUCCAUCUACAUCCUCAACGUGACCUACAACGACACGGGCACCUACCAAUGCACAUUCAACCGCACCCUCAUCUACUCCAACUAUGAGUUUCGAACCAACUUCACCAAGAAAAUCACCAUUAACGUGGUGGCACAACUCACCAGGGGACUGGCAUCCAUCUUGUCCGAGGUGAUGAUGUACGUCUCCAUCGUCGGGCUGCAGUUCUGGCUGCUGGUUGAGAUGAUUUACUGCUACAGGAAGAUCUCAGCGGCAGGAGAGGAAGCUCUGAGAGAGAGCGCGGCCGAGUAUUUAGCGAUAGCAUCGGAAAGUAAAGAUAACUGUGCGAGUGUCCAAGUGGCAGAAUAGAACUGGUCAAGAAAGAAUUCAAGACGACUUCCUUGAGGAAUCUCACGUCCAUUUUUGUGCUCCACCUCCCCUCACCGUCAUACACCACCUCUCCACACGAUGGACAAAUGAAACCACGGAGGGGAGACAGAUCUCCACAGUUAUUUAAAGUGACUUCCAACGAGAAGAAUGAGAAAGACUGAGCUGUGUCCUGUUGUGAGGGACGGGGGGGGAUGCAUCAGGUUGUAGUUCAUCAGGACACAGACACAGACCUGUUCUGUAUAUCUGCACAGAUAAUCUAGAAUAAACUGUAGGCCGACAUUGUAUAUUCACUAGUUGCAUGCUAACGAGAUUAUCCAAACGGUCGACGACAUGCUCGAAAGGUUGCGUCACGUUUUUUAAGAAACAGUUUUGUCACAUUUCAUUUCAUUGCACGAUAAGUGUGUCGGCUUCAGGCUUCCGUCGAUAAGGUCUUCAUCCAUUUGUUUACUCACGAGGCUGAGCUGCAAAUGAAAUAUUUUUAGAGGCAAUUCAAAACAUUUAAACGCAAAUGAAAAUCUUUAAAACUCAGAUGAGCUUUUACAGCUUCUGUUCUUGCUGUUGUGAUGCAGCUCUACUGAACACUGCAGUGAGAACAGCUUGCAUUUAGUUCUCAUGUUCAGUGUUUCAUUUCACAAGGAUGAAAGCACCAAGCAUCAGGUGUCCCCCCCCCCCCGGAUUUUACUAAAACGAGCCUUAAUUUGAAGCGUUUGGAUCCUGCUGAAUGUUUAGCUCGUCACCGUCGGCUGUUUGAAGAGUUUAGAGUCAUCGGCCCUCAGGUCAAAGGUAAAUAUAGUCACAAGCGACAGUAAAUUCAAGGUUAAACAUUGGAGUCGAUGAGACACUGUUUCUGCUGCAGGAUUUCCCUCAGAGCUCCCGACGCAUAAAUCAACAAUGAAACUUUUCCUGCAGCGACAACUGAAAUUCAAUUUAAACAUCAGCUUAAUUUAUCUUCACUUUCAGCUGAACAGUCGGUUUCAUGCUGAUUUUAAUUUGCUCUUUUGAAUCUCUUGAAAGCUUCAGACGACGAUAGCACCUCACUGAUGUGGAUUUAAAGAAAAAUCAGCUCUAUCAAUUUGUCCAGAGGUAAAAUCUGCAGCGGAGACUUUCCUGCUGCAGUGUAAUUCCACACUAAUGUCUCGGUGUCUUGGCAAAUUGCUAAAAACUCCUGUCCAGUCUUCCUCCCAGAGCAACGACAGUGGAAACCAAAGAGGGAAAAGCAAAGAGCUGAAGUGUUUGUAUAAAUAUAAAAAGUUGUUGUACUUGCGUCACUCUCUCCAGAAAAUACUGGAUGAAACUAAAUAAAACUGUAAAAUUCA